CAGGAGAGGCCGCUUCUAGUUCCACGUGUUUUGCUGCCGGGAGCUUUGAGGAGAUGGGGCUGAGCUCGGAAUCCGCCAUGAGGGCGUCAUUCUUCAGACUGAAUGCAUUCCAAGAAUGUGUGCAGACAUGAAAUUGAUAGUGAUCUCCUGAAGCAUUGAGUUGCAGGAUGCAUUGACCUAUGAGGAUGUGCAUGUGAAUUUCACGCAUGAAGAGUGGGCUUUGCUGGAUCCUUCCCAGAAGUGUCUCUACAAAGAUGUGAUGCUGGAAACCUACUGGAACCUCACUGCUGUAGGGUACAAAUGGGAAGAUGAGAAUAUUGAAGAACAUUGUCAAAGUUCUAGAAGACAUAGAAGGCACACUAUCUUCAAAGACACAAAAAUAUCCAAUACUAAAGAGGAUCUUUAUGAAUGUAAGCAACAUGAUGAAACAUUUGGAUCUGAUUUGUCUUUAAAAGUCCAUGAAAGGACUUAUUUGAAAGUAAAAAAUGAUGGAGAUAAUCAAAGUAUUAAAGACUUUCCAUGUCACAAUCUCAAUCAAGUAUGUACAACUCAUACUAGAGAGAAAACACAUGGAUUUCAUCAAUGUGAUACACUCAUUGCUUAUAUCAGUUAUCUUCUAAUACGUGAAAGAAGUCCUACUGGAGAGAAACCUCAUAAAUGUAAUCAAUGUGGUAAAGCCUUUGCAUGUAAAAAUGUUCUUCACAGGCAUGAAAGCAGUCAUAUUGGAGAGAAACCCUAUGGAUGUAAUCACUGUGGCAAAGCCUUUCCAUAUAAAAGUCAUCUUCAAAUGCAUGAAAGAAUUCAUACUGGAGAGAAACCCUAUGAGUGUAAUCACUGUGGUAAAACCUUUUCAUCUAAAAGUCAUCUUAAAUCACAUGAAAGAACUCAUACUGGUGAGAAACCCUAUGAGUGUAAUCAUUGUGGGAAAGCCUUUGCCUAUAAAAGUAAUCUUCAAACACAUGAAAGAAGUCAUACUGGGGAGAGACCCUAUGGAUGUAAUCACUGUGGUAAAACCUUUUCAUCUAAAAGUCGUCUUAAAUCACAUGAAAGAAUUCAUACUGGAGAGAAACCCUAUGAAUGCAGACAGUGUGGUAAAGUCUUUGCAUAUAACAGUCUACUUCACCGGCAUAAAAACAGUCAUACUGGAGAGAAACCCUAUAGAUGUCAUCUCUGUGGUAAAACCUUUUCAUCUAAAAGUCAUCUUAAAUCACAUGAAAUAAUUCAUACUGGAGAGAAACCCUAUGAGUGUAAUCAAUGUGGGAAAGCCUUUGCCCAUAAACGUAAUCUUCAAACACAUGAAAGAACUCAUACUGGAGAAAGACUCUAUUAAAAGUAAUCUAGUAAAGUCUUUGCUAAUAAAAAUCAUCUUCAAAUACAUGAAAGAAGUCAUACUGGAGAGAAAACUUACGGAUAUAGUUAAUGUGGUAAAGUUCUUGGACAUAUCAU